AUGCUCAUCUCCACAUCCAAACAAAUAUUAAAGACAUACAAUAGACAGUUCAGUCAAUCCAGCUUCAUCAAGCAUGAGAAUCCAUUAGGUCUUCCUCGUGUUGGCAAGGGUCCACCUCCAACAAUGCCUCAAAAGGGACUUCCAAUACGACAGAAAAUCCCCAAUGUUGAUAAAAUAAUCUUAGUAUCAUCUGCCAAGGGAGGAGUUGGUAAAUCCACCGUAUCUAUAAAUACCGCAUUGGCUUUAAAAUCCCUUAAUAAAACAGUAGGAAUAUUAGAUGCCGAUAUUUUUGGUCCAUCAAUUCCUCGAUUAUUAAAUCUAAAAGGAGAACCAAGAAUUUCCGAUACUGGGAAAUUAUUACCAUUAUCAAAUUAUGGAAUCCAAUCAAUGUCAAUGGGAUAUUUAGUUUCUGAAGAUCUGGCGGUUGUAUGGAGGGGAUUAAUGGUUAUGAAAGCAUUACAACAAUUAUUAUUUGAAGUUGAAUGGGGUCCACCACUUGAUUAUUUAGUGAUUGAUAUGCCACCUGGAACUGGUGAUACGCAAUUAUCAAUUGGACAGUUGUUAAAAGUGGAUGGAGCUGUGAUUGUUAGUACCCCACAAGAUAUUGCUUUAAUUGAUGCCGUGAAGGGGAUUAAGAUGUUUAAUAAGGUGGGGAUCCCAUUGAUUGGAAUUGUCCAGAAUAUGAGUCAUUAUAUAUGUCCUAAUUGUAAACAUGAAUCACAUAUAUUUAAAUCUGAUGGUGCUAGAAGAGUGGCUGAUGAACAUAAUUUAAAGACACUUGCGUCAAUUCCAUUGGAUGAAGAAAUUUGUAUACAAUCAGAUGCUGGGAAACCAAUUGUUAUUUCAAAUCCAACAUCUCCAAGUGCUCAACCUUAUUUUGAUAUAGCUAAGGCUAUUGUUUAA